GUCAACAACAGAGACGGAGCUUCAGACAGCAGGAUGAACCGCAGAACGAGUGUUUUUGAUCGUCUCGUCCCUGAAGUGUCUUCGUCCUCCAGACAAGUGAAGGAGCGUCCAUCAGUCUGUCUGCCGCCUCCUCCUCUCUCCCUCUCGUCUCCCGUCAUCAAAAAGAAACCCAUCCAGAUCCCGUCGUUCGAUCAGAAGGGACUCGUCAACGCUGACAGAUCUUUUCUUCCAAUUUCCUCUAAGACGUCCAGUCGUCCCUCCUGGACUGAAUCAUGUCAGUAUUCGCAGAGGAACCACGGAGAACGAGCUUCAACUCUCCCAAGAAGCAAACCCAAAACAUGCAGCUCUCCAACUCUCUCUGCAAAGCCCAGCAUCUCCAUUUUUCCUGCUCCGCUGCCAAAUUCCUCUCCCACUCUGAGACCAAAGCCAAGUGACUCUCUUCAUCUCCCCGCCUCACAUCUGACUGAUCCGUCUCCAUCGCUGCACCAGCCGCAUCCCAAGCCAAGUGUAUCUCCGACUCUGACUGUCCCAACACCCAGACUGAGCUCGUCUCCAACUUCCCUGUGUCCAGGGUCGAGUUUGGACGGCCGAGCAGGCAAGCAGCCGUCUCCUGUCGCCAAAGAAAGACGCGCUAGAUCGAUUACCAUAUCGAACACUAAAGUUGAGCCUCCGAAUGAGGCAAAGCAUGACGUUCUUGACCAAGAAGCUUUGCUGGACUUCACUCAUCCCACGUUGAGGAGAGUUUGUUCCAUUACAUCCAGACACCAGACUCACUCUGAGGCCCAGAGACAAGCUGCCACGUCGCAGAGUUUUUGCUCAUUGCAAGAUAAACCAAAGCCCCCGCCGAGGAAUAUCGACGUCUAUAAAGCAAACGUUAAACAGCAGCAGGACUUUCUGCCUGGUGCACAAACAUCUUCAGAGUUUGCUAAUGUUGUUCAGAGAGACUCUCAGCUGGUGUUUGAUGGACACAAGAGACGUAUGGACUCCUCUCAGAGGACUGAUCAAACAAAUGAGCGAAUCUAUUCUGAGAGAAGUGCGACUUUACCAAAGACUCACAAAAUGCCCUUUUCCACAGAGCCUCUCCUGAAUCGGUCGCCCAAUACUGAGAGCAGGAGAAGACGGUUUGGCUUCAGCAGUGACGCCAAAGCGGACACGAUGUUUCCGUCAGCCGCACAUCUCGAAAGACCUCAGGAAGAAAUCUAUAGUGGACCUCCAAAUGUCAGGUCUUCUCACAAAUACAGGAUGUGGUCGAAGGCUCUGAGUCGAGCCUCUCGGGUAGACGUGAAGAGUCCAGUAAGUCAGCCCGACUGCGUGUCGAAGGAUUACAGCUGCCAGCGGAGAGGCAUCGAUCGGAAAACGGAGGCGAUAAAUCAAUAUGAGACAUGUCUGUCAGCGUGGCGCACACAUGAGGCCUCCAAAGCUGCUUCAGUCGACACCACCAACAUUUCAAAGCAUCGGUCAGAUCACAAACAACCUCCCGAACAAAAUAAAAGCCACAAAGAGGCGAACCUGAUGAACCAAACUGAUGUUUCUGCACCAUCUGACCAUCGCACGGUGCCAGCAGAGCUACCAGAAUGUGCUGCACAGAAAUGCGGUGUAAGCUUCCCGCCGUCAGCGUCACGCUGCCCGUUCAACACAAACAGCUUUGGCCUCGGCUCAGAGGAGGUGUUUGACCUGCACAGAGUGUACCAGAGACCAGACCAGACAGCAGCAGCUUCACGUCCGCUGAACCAGCCAAACCACUCUGCAGGAGACAGAGCGUUUAUCAUGGAGGAGGCCGAGGACCCGUACUACGUCACCAUGUACUACCCGGGUUCAGUGUACGUGGGUGAGUACAGCGUGACAGGCUCUGUCUCGUCGCUCAGUUUUGAAUCUUUUAAUAAUUUUCUGUCCGGAGCCGGGGGCGGGGACUGA